GCGCUGCAGUACUGUGCCACCUCGUGAGGUUUACGUAGACUGGGGACGCAGGCUUCGUGACUGUCCAAAGUCUGCCUUGGGCGGUUUGUUCGGAAAGCGCCGGGAAGUCUCAUGAAAGCCCUCUUAAAGCUGCUUUACGUCACAUCUUUACUAUCAUGCUCAGCGUUGUCACUGUCAGCCUCUCCAGUCAUCCCACCCUCCCGCAAGGCAAAACGCGGCCGAGGUUCAUCGAUGCAUCCUCGCAUCCUUCUAUAUAGUUCUCACUAUCUCUAUCACCACUGUCAGCGGUCCUGGACAAAUCGAACUGGGAGGCUAAACUACUGGUGGCCGAUGCUCGCGGGAUGUCGAAGGGGGAUAUUUGGCCAAUCCGAAGGCAAUUGCACACUUUCGUGGAUCUAGAAGUGGGGUGGUUGUGAUAGGAGAAUAUGGCGAGGCUGUUUUAUAAGCAGAAAAAAGGAGCCUUGUCUAUAGCUUGAUGUUUCACGGUCAAAGGGUUU